GUUUCAGAUAGAUCUAGAUAUCUUAAAAUGAAACUAUUGCCCACUCGAUCUUUUGCCCCUCUUUACACAUUUUGCCAAACACUACCGGUUCUUUAUUCCUAGAGAAACAACCGUUUAUAAUCUCAAAGUUUAAAUUUUUGAAGCGAACAAAGAUUCGAGGGCAGCUUGGUUCAACACUGGUUUUCUCGAGCAAUCUUGGGCUCUUAAUAAUGUACAUUUUGGGCGCAUCAGUGCCGUACAAUAUUGUUCCAUAUGUGCUGAUUGUCUUGCCAGUAGUUUUCCUCCUAGGAUUCACUACGAUUCCUGAUACUCCCUUCCAUUUUAUGAGGCAAAACAAAUAUCAGAGGUCAGAAAGUUCGUUGAAAUUCUACCGUGGCUAUCCGUCAGACACCAAACAUGUUUCUGUAGAAUUCCAACAGGAGCUACUCAGACUGAAGGACUCUUAUGGAAACGAGAAACAAAUCGCUCAAAAAAGUCAAAUCACAUGGAACGAUUUAAGUACACCUCACGCCAGAAAGGCAUUCCUGAUUGGGAUCAGUUUGAUGGCUUUCAAUCAAUUUUGCGGAUGUUUUGCCAUGCUCAACUAUACGGCUAGUAUUUUUGCGGAAUCUGGCUCAACGUUGUCGGCCAACAUGUCGGCUAUCGUUACCGGGUCCAUGCAGAUGGUUGGCUCGUACUGUUCUACGCUUCUUGUGGAUCGCGUUGGCCGGAAGCUUCUCCUGAUAUUCUCUGGCACAGGUAUGGCAAUUGGUUUAUCGAUUUUUUCCGGCUAUUCCUACGCCAAAACUCUCGGCCAUGAUGUGGACUCCUUCAGUUGGCUGCCGUUGGUUUGUUUUUCGUUCGUCAUUUUCAUAGCCUCCAUCGGGGUCCUGCCGUUGCCUUUCCUCGUUCUAGCCGAGCUGGUACCACAGAAGAUCAAAGAGUUGAUUUUUAGCUCCUGCAUGAGCAUCUCGUGGCUUUUCGCAUUCAUUGCCGUAAAGUAUUUUUCUACACUGUUCGAUCUACUGGGCAUGCAUGGUACUAUGCUUGUGUUUGCGGUUUGUUCUACGAGCGGAGUGUUGUUUGUGGCUUUUGUAGUUCCGGAAACCAAAGGCAAAAGUUUCGAAGCUAUUGCCAAAAUGAUGGGCUGAAUAAAUAAAUGUAGCUGAGUA